AUGAAACGGAAGGCAGAACCGGACGCAGAAGAGAUGACAUCAUCGAAAGGCCCCUCAACCUCAAAGAAGUUAGCACCAGAUACAAACAACGACUUUAUAAAUGAAACGAGUCGUCGAGCACGCGGCAACUGGGCUUGUCUCGCCGAAAAGAUGCGUCGAACGACGCGACCGCCGCGUCGUGCGAAGAAGUCUGAUCGAAGUCUGCGCUCCACCUUGCGUCUCUUCUCGAUGACGUCGUCAGAUUCAGAAGCAGAAGACGACGUGUACUCGUUAUGUGUGCGUGACUCACCGUUCUGUAUUGACAUAGCCUUACCAGAAGAUCGGACGUCGCUACGUCAUAUUGCUGGAUUCGAUAAUACUGGUAAUGUGCGUAUUUGGCCAGGAGGUGAGGCGCUCGCAUACUACUUGUCGAUCCGACCACCAUUGGUCUCGGGGAAAUUGGUGUUGGAACUAGGAGCAGGUCUUGUUGGACUUCCGGGUUUUAUUGCUGCCAUCUACGCAACACGGGUCAGAAUUACGGAUGGCAACGAGCAUUCAGUAGCGUCUCUACGAGACAUUGCCAAACGAAAUCCACUCCCAAAUGUGGAGAUUGAACUUUUGAGGUGGGGAACGGGGCCAGAUGAGAAGAAAUUCGACUUGAUUCUAGCCGCAGAUUGUGUAUUUUUCGCAGAAUAUCAUGAAGACUUGAUGAAUACCUUCGAUAGAUACCUUGCCCAAACAGGUCUUGUAUAUGUUUGCAGUCCAAAACGAAAAGGUAGCUUGGAUCGAUUUCUUGAAUGCGUCGAAGAUGACACUAGAUUUACAUACCAAUUUAUUCCUGAAUUUGAUUAUAUUAUGGAUGAUUUGUGUAUCCUUAAAGAUGAGCAAAAAGAUGCAGAAUUACCAUAUUUGAUAUCGCUCAAGCGUUGCCUACUGGAUAACACGGCCAACGCAAUACCGUGUCGUUUCAUGGAAGAAGACGUUUUUAUAAAACGCACCGUUACGGAGCUUCAGAAAUCUAUACAGGUCUCUGUUUUAAAAACUGCCGAUACUGUUGCACAACAUCUUUCUGAGGAUGGAGCAGGACAAGUUCAGUUCCAUCCGGACGUCAUCGCUCAGGUCAGUGCCAUGAUAUGGGAUACCGUAUGUGGAGACUGGACUUCCGAUCUUCUUGCCUUUUCUAGCCAUGCUGGACGUCAAGCUGUGAACGUAUCGGAUGUUGCUCUUCUUAUGAGGAGAAACAAGCAGCUGCUAGAAAUAGUUUCCAAGGCUGCAGAUGUCGAUCUGGGUGAUUACGAGCGACCAACUACGAAACGGCAGCGGUCAACUAACACCAACAAGACAAAGGGGAAGCGUGGUAAUGCCGGAACAAGUGGAACAAGCACUGCAUUGAAUGCUCCAGUGGAGUGUGAUGGCACAUUAACGCCGCACUCUGAAGUAGAUGGGAAUUCGCGGUUGUCGUUCUCUACGGAAGUUAAUCAGUACGUUUCUGUGGAGCAGAAAACACUUGCUGUCAUGAAGCCAGUGUUCGAAGAUAUUCAUAAAGAUUUCGGUGAUGACGUGAUGAUAAUAGAUGCUCUGGAAAAACCAACUCCACACGACAAGAAGGAUGAUCUCAACAAAAACGUCAAAGAUGAAGAUUCAUUUUCUGAGUCUCCUGCUAAAAAUCCUUGUGAGAAUGUCACAACAGCAGCAGCAUCACAUCCGUACCGAGAAGUGACUAUGGAUAGUGAUGAGGACGACUUUUGUAUGUUCGAUAUGGUGAGAACAAAAACUCUAACGACUACGCACUCUGCACGUUCUGAUGCUUCGGUUCCACUAGACUCAUCUUCGAGGAGUUCUCGCCGGUCAGCACUGUAUAAGACUGACCCAAAAGGUGAUGUUCAUGUAGAGGAAGUUGCAGAAGAACGGGAAAAUGAAGUAAAGGUUGCGAAUACCCCAACUAAGGUAUCUCAUGAGAAAAAGCAACCAAGUCCAGACUUGUUCAAUACCCCUGUCAAAGAGCAUUCCGACGGAUUUGAGGAUCUUUUUGACAUACCUGAUCAAAGUAGUGGGGACCAACAUCAUCAAUCGUUCCUUGAACCUGUAAAAAACGAAGAUGUCUCUUCAAAUAGGAAAUCCGAUGGUGGAUGGUCUGUAAAAUUCUCAGAGUUUUCCUUUUUUGACGACGACUCUCUUGAAGCUGUGAAGCCUAGUUGUGAGCAAGAUACGGCACUAACCGCUAACGUUCCGGAGGUUCCUACCGCUGCAGCCUCAUCAAGCAAAAGUAAAGCGAGAGCAUCUUCUACAACCCCAAGGUCUUCGAGGGUGCCGGCUUCAAAGUGCAAGUCGCUGCCGUCAAAUGUUGCAACUCCCAAGCAGUUGAAUUCCGUGGGUGCUGUGAAGAGACGUCUUAACAAGCCACAAACAACAACACCAAAAAGGGCAAGUGGACCGAAAUCUGCGUUGAAAAACAAAGCAGAGAUAGGAAUGAAGCGUUCAGCACCUGCAGUGGAUGAGUUUGACUCUGAUGAGGAAUUUUUCAAUCUGGAAUGA